CUUUGUAGAUAUAUACCAGUCUAAAGUAGCCGUUCCCUUUUCUUAACCAGUCACUCACUCGUUGCUACUACUAGUAACCAAAUGUUGCCUUCUAGUACUUGUUUAGCUUCUCUUUUUCUUGUUUUGAUCUUAUGUAGCAAUGGAGUGAGCUCCUCUUCAUCUAAAUCAUCUAAGCCAAUCAAGAUUGGCAAGGGCUACCGUUUGAUCGCAGUUGAAGAAACUCCUGAUGGAGGCAUUCUGGGCCACCUCCAAGUUAAACAGAAAAACAACAUCUACGGUCCUGAUAUCCCUCUCUUGCAGCUCUAUGUCAAGCACGAGACGCAAGAUCGUCUAAGAGUACACAUAACUGAUGCAGAGAAGCAAAGAUGGGAGGUACCUUACAAUCUGCUACCGAGAGAGCAACCACCAGCAUUGAAGCAAACAAUUGGAAGAUCAAGAAAGAACCCAUUAACAGUGCAAGAAUAUUCUAGUUCUGAGCUAAUUUUUAGCUACACCGCUGACCCAUUCAGUUUUGCAGUUAAAAGAAAAUCAAAUGGACAAACUCUUUUCAAUUCUAGCUCAGAUGAAUCAGACCCAUUUAGCCAAUUGGUUUUUAAAGAUCAGUAUCUUGAAAUAUCCACAAAAUUACCCAAAGAUGCUUCUCUUUAUGGUUUGGGAGAGAAUACACAGCCACACGGGAUUAAAUUAUAUCCUGGAGAUCCAUACACUUUGUAUACUACUGAUAUUUCAGCUAUUAAUCUUAAUGCUGAUUUAUAUGGUUCACAUCCUGUGUAUAUGGAUCUUAGGAAUGUGAAUGGGCAGGCCUUUGCUCAUUCUGUUUUAUUAUUGAAUAGCAAUGGUAUGGAUGUUUUCUAUAGAGGCACUUCUUUGACAUACAAGAUUAUUGGGGGUGUUCUUGACUUUUACUUCUUUGCUGGACCCACUCCUUUGGCUGUUGUUGAUCAGUAUACGCAGUUAAUUGGUAGACCAGCUGCAAUGCCUUACUGGUCUUUUGGAUUCCACCAAUGCAGAUGGGGCUACCACAACCUGUCUGUGGUUGAAGAUGUUGUCGAGAACUACAAGAAGGCCCAGAUCCCUCUUGAUGUGAUUUGGAAUGAUGAUGAUCACAUGGAUGGCCACAAGGACUUUACCCUCAACCCCAACAACUACCCUCGUCCAAAGCUCCUGGCUUUCCUAGACAAAAUACACAGCAUUGGCAUGAAGUACAUUGUUAUUAUUGAUCCUGGAAUUGGUGUUAAUUCUACUUAUGGUGUAUAUCAAAGAGGCAUUGCCAAUGAUGUAUUUAUCAAGUAUGAGGGUAAGCCCUACUUGGCUCAAGUUUGGCCUGGAGCUGUUAACUUUCCCGAUUUCCUCAAUCCCAAAACAGUUGAAUGGUGGGGUGAUGAAAUUCGUCGCUUCCAUGAACUUGUUCCUGUUGAUGGCCUCUGGAUUGACAUGAAUGAAGCUUCAAAUUUUUGCUCUGGACUGUGCACAAUUCCAAAAGGGAAGCAGUGUCCAAGUGGAACUGGACCUGGUUGGGUAUGUUGCUUGGAUUGCAAGAACAUAACAAAGACGAGAUGGGAUGAUCCACCUUACAAGAUAAAUGCCUCAGGACUGCAGGUCCCAGUUGGGUACAAAACUAUAGCCACCAGUGCAGUUCACUACAAUGGUGUUUUGGAAUAUGAUGCUCAUAGUCUCUAUGGAUUCUCUCAAGCAAUUGCCACUCACAAGGCACUUCAAGGGCUUCAGGGUAAGCGCCCAUUUAUUUUAUCACGCUCCACUUACGUCGGAUCAGGAAAAUAUGCUGCACAUUGGACUGGUGAUAAUCAAGGCACCUGGAAUGAUUUGAAGUAUUCCAUAUCUACUAUGCUGAAUUUUGGUAUAUUUGGAGUGCCAAUGGUUGGGUCAGAUAUUUGUGGAUUCUAUCCUCAACCCACAGAAGAGCUUUGCAACCGUUGGAUUGAAUUAGGCGCUUUCUACCCUUUCUCAAGGGAUCAUGCCAACUACUACUCACCAAGGCAGGAGCUUUAUCAGUGGAAUUCAGUAGCUGAAUCAGCCAGAAAUGCUCUAGGCAUGAGGUAUAAGCUUCUCCCAUAUCUGUACACAUUGAACUAUGAGGCGCAUGUUAGUGGGGCUCCGAUUGCCCGGCCAUUAUUCUUCUCAUUCCCAACUUAUAGCGAGUGUUAUGGAUUGAGCACCCAAUUCUUGCUAGGAAGAAGUGUUAUGGUGUCUCCAGUGCUUGAGCAAGGUAAAUCAGAGGUUAAAGCACUCUUUCCUCCAGGUUCUUGGUAUAGCUUAUUUGAUAUGUCGAAAACCAUUACAUCAAAGGAGGGACAGUAUGUAACCCUUGAUGCACCCUUGCAUGUGGUUAAUGUGCAUUUGUAUCAGAACACCAUACUACCAAUGCAGCAGGGUGGACUAAUUUCCAAGCAAGCCAGAAUGACACCUUUUACUCUUAUAGUAGCCUUCCCUGCUGGGGCUAGUUCUGCAGAAGCCACAGGAAACCUUUACCUUGAUGAUGAUGAGCUUCCUGAGAUGAAACUUGGAAGUGGGUAUUCUACAUAUGUGGAUCUUUAUGCAACUGCAAAUGAGGGAACAGUAAAGGUCUGGUCAAAAGUUCAGGAGGGCAAGUUUGCUUUGGAGAAGGGUUGGGUUAUUGACAAGAUAACUGUAUUGGGAUUAAGCGGAAGCGGGGAACCAUCUGCACUUGAGGUUAAUGGAAAACCUGUUACUGGGGCCUCAAACAUAGCGGUUACAUCAUCAGAACAUGAGCAUCUGGAGGCUGCUGAAGUUGGAGAUGAAAAGAAGAAGAGUAUGAUGGUAGAGGUUCAGGGUUUGGGAAUUCCUGUAGGUAAAGACUUUACCAUGUCCUGGAAAAUGGGUGUCAGUGGUUAAGGAUAAGAAUUUUUAAUGGUCCUCUUGUGGACUUGGAUAAUUUAGAUAUGUUCCUUUCUACUUCGGACGGUUUGCGCCUUUCUUGUUUGUUAUCAAGAUUCUUGAUGUAAAGGAGAUGAGCUAGAUUAUGCUCAUCCUUUUCCAUGAAAAGAAGUUCAAGAAUCAAAAGUGAGCUUAGAACAUUUACAUUGCUGUUGCUUAAAAUGCAGUAAUGCAUAUUUCGAAUCCUUUUAAAGUA